AUGUGCAUGCGGUGGAGCCUUGUCUGCCGCUCCUGUUUGCUUCUCCCUCUUCCACCUGUGUGUUGGUGCUGCGGCAGGGCUGUGUGUGUGUUUGUGUGUCUGUUGCUGUGGAUUGGAGUGUGUGUCGUGCGUGGUGUGCGGCG